AUCGAAGCGCUGAUGAUGGAGAUGCAGAAUCCAGACACGGGCAUCAAGACGCAGACACAGAGAGUGAUGGUCACCAACAUCCCACAUGCUGUGGCAGGUAAUGACAUAUUGCAGUGGAUUCUCCAGCGCUUGCAGAUCCCUCAGGAAGAAGCACUCCACCUUGGGGACCUGUUUGUCAAAUACGGGUACAUCUACCCUCUUCAGGAGCCAAAGAACCUCACCCUUAAGACAGAUGGCAGCCUCUACAGGUUUCAGACCCCCUAUUUCUGGCCCGCACAGAAGUGGCCUGCUGAUGACACCGACUAUGCAAUUUACCUAGCAAAGAAGAACAUCAAGAGGAAAGGGGUUUUAGAAGAAUAUGAAAAGGAGCAUUACAACCUACUCAACCAGAAAAUAAACUACAAGUGGGAUUUUGUCAUCAUGCAGGCCAAAGAGCAGUAUAAGGCAGGGAAGGAGCGGAAGAAGGCAGACAGGUACGCCCUGGACUGCCAGGAGAGAGCCUACUGGCUUGUGAACCGAACUCCUCCCGGCAUGCUGGAUGUCCUGGAGUACGGGUUAGACCGUGUGACAGAUCCCAAUGAAAACAAGAAAAAAACUCUGGAUGUCUAUAGGAGAGAGAUCAUGUACUAUCAGCAGGCCAUCGUGAAGACCAGAGUGAAAUCUUCUGUCUCUCUUGGAGGGCUUGUGAAGUACUCGGAGCAGUUCCUCUCCAAUGAUCCCAUCCUGUCCGGGUGCCUCCCCAGCAACCCCUGGAUAACAGACGACCCCGAGUUCUGGGAUCUCAAUGCAAAGCUAGUGGAAAUCCCCACCAGGAUGCGUGUGGAGCGAUGGGCCUUCAAUUUCAGUGAGCUGAUACGAGACCCCAAAGGUCGGCAGAACUUCCAGCUCUUCCUGAAGAAGGAGUUCAGCGGAGAGAAUCUGAGUUUCUGGGAAGCCUGUGAGGAUCUCAAGUAUGGAGACCAAUCCAAGGUCAAAGAGAAAGCAGAAGAGAUUUACAAGCUCUUCCUGGCUCCAGGAGCAAGGCGCUGGAUUAACAUUGACGGCACAACAAUGGGCAUCACUGUCAAAGGCCUCAAGCACCCUCAUCGUUAUGUUUUAGAUGCUGCUCAGACCCACAUUUACAUGCUGAUGAAAAAGGACUCCUAUGGCCGCUAUUUAAAGUCUCCAGUAUACAAGGAAAUGCUGGCCAACGCUGUUGUGCCACAAGAGACUGUCAAAAAAAGCUCCCCGUUCCUGUUCGGCCGCCGCACCCUCCGCUCCAGCCCCAGCCCCAUCAUCCUGAGGCAGAGGGAGGAAGAGGCCAAAGCCAGAGAAGCCGCCACCACCGUGGACAUCACGCAGGUCAUGAGCAAGCUGGAUCGCAGGAGCCAGCUCAAGGCAGAACCUCCCAAGUAG